AUGGAGACGUUUGGCAUGAGUAUUGGCGGCAUGGAGGACCAAGUGGGUGGAGAGAUGGGCAUGUGGGAAGUCAAAGAGGCUGGAGUGAAAGGGAAAGGACUGUUUGCGAGAAAAGAUGUGGGUGCAAUAUUUGCAGGAGAGAGUGUGAUCAUGCAAACACCAGUGUUGGUUGUAACCAAAGAGUUGUUGGGUACACCGAGCAUCUCGGAGAAACGACUUGUUCUGGAGAAAGCGGUUGAGCAGUUACCAACGAAGACCAGGGAAACAGUCAAGAAGCUGGAUAUGAACGUUGAUGGCUCGUUUGAGGAUAUGGUCACAACAAAUGGUAUCAGCGUGAAGUGGCCCUGGGUUGAUGAGGUCCCGGAACUGCUAGCUAUCAUUCCAGAAGCAGCUCGCAUCAAUCACGCAUGCCGUCCCAACACCCUAUGGCGUUUUGAUGACUACAAACUGUCUUUCGAAGUCGUUGCGCUCACCGAAAUCAAGCCCGGUGAAGAAAUCACACGAAGCUACGGCUACGAAACACGCCCCCACCACCGACGCAUCAAAUCCCUCGAAGCAAACUUCGGCUUCAUAUGCGCCUGCCCCCUCUGCACCGCCAGCGAAACCACCGUCGAAGAAUCCAACGACCGUCUCAGCGAGAUCAAAGCCCUCAAAGCAUCCCUUCCAAUCGACGUAAAAGAAACCCCUGAACUCCUUCGCCUUGUAACCAAAUUAGUCUCCUUACUCGAGGAAGAGGGGCUCGUAGCCCAACUACCCCAGUAUGAAGAGAUGAUGGCGUACACGUGGAGUAGUUAUGGCAAGGAGGAUCGCGCGAAGUAUUGGGCUGGGAGGGCGCAGAAGCAUUGGGAGAUUGUGGCUGGGAGGGAGAGUUGGGAGCAGAGGAGGUGUGGGGAUUUGGAGAGAAAUGUCACGGCGCAUCAGACGUGGAGGACUUGGGAGGGAGAGCCUUGGCUUGAGUAA